CCUCCGCCCAAAAUUAUAGCGGCGAUUUCUUCAACAUCCCAACUUGACAAAACAUUCAUUUUAUACUUUAACUGCUACUACUGUACUACACAGACGCAGCUCUCUCUCUCGAAAACUCCAUUCUCUCUUCUCUCUCUCUCUCCAAAGCUUCCAACUUUCUCUCUCCUCCUCCACAACAAUGUCUCAGGUGGUGGCCACACGGUCGAUUCAGACCUCCUUCCCCUCCCCUUCCUCCGGAUCCGUACCCGACCGGGUCGAGAAGCUCAAGCCUGCGAGCUUCGCCGCCAAGCUUCUCUUCAACGACCGCAAGAAGAGCUCCAUCAGUGCUGUUUCCGCUCGGAAGUCUCAGAUCACCGCGAAGAGAUCCGUACAAGCCGAGGUCGUCCCCGUUUCCCCCGAGGAUACGCCCAAGGUGGAGGAGGAAUUUCAGCAGCUGCGUGGAUUGCAGCAAUUUGGCGACACGUCAGUGGGAAUGUGGUCGAAGCCGACGGUUAGGAGGAAGACGAAGAUUGUUUGUACGAUUGGUCCUUCAACGAACACGCGAGAGAUGAUUUGGAAGCUGGCUGAGGCUGGGAUGAACGUUGCUCGGCUGAACAUGUCCCAUGGAGACCACGCCUCUCAUAAGAAAGUUAUCGAUUUGGUUAAGGAGUACAAUGCGGCAAACAAAGACAAUGUCAUCGCUAUCAUGCUCGAUACAAAGGGCCCAGAGGUUAGGAGUGGAGACCUACCACAGCCAAUCACAUUAACAAGUGGACAAGAAUUUACUUUUACAAUUCAGAGAGGAGUUGGCACAGCUGAUUGUGUGAGUGUGAACUACGAUGAUUUUGUUAACGAUGUAGAAGUGGGUGACAUGCUUCUUGUUGAUGGUGGGAUGAUGUCAUUGACGGUGAAGUCCAAAACAAAAGAUUCAGUCAAAUGUGAGGUCGUUGAUGGAGGAGAACUCAAGUCUAGGCGACAUUUGAAUGUUAGAGGGAAAAGUGCAACUUUGCCUUCCAUUACAGAGAAGGAUUGGGAAGAUAUCAAAUUUGGAGUCGAUAACAAAGUUGACUUUUAUGCUGUUUCCUUUGUUAAAGAUGCUGAAGUAGUUCAUGAAUUGAAAAAUUAUCUGAAGAGCUGCGAUGCAGAUAUACAUGUUACUGUGAAAAUCGAAAGUGCAGACUCUAUCCCAAACUUGCACUCCAUUAUCACGGCAUCUGAUGGGGCAAUGGUUGCAAGAGGAGAUCUGGGUGCGGAGCUUCCUAUUGAGGAGGUCCCCCUUUUGCAGGAAGAGAUAAUCAGGAUCUGUCGUAGCAUGGGGAAGGCUGUCAUUGUGGCUACAAAUAUGCUGGAAAGCAUGAUUGUUCACCCUACCCCAACCAGAGCAGAGGUGUCAGACAUUGCAAUUGCUGUUCGUGAGGGUGCUGAUGCGGUCAUGCUUUCUGGUGAAACUGCUCAUGGAAAGUUCCCUUUGAAAGCUGCAAAAGUUAUGCACACAGUUGCACUGCGGACAGAAGCAACUAUAACUGGUGGUACAAUGCCAGCUAAUCUCGGUCAAGCCUUCAAGAACCAUAUGAGCGAGAUGUUUGCUUACCACGCAACUAUGAUGUCCAACACUCUCGGCACCUCAAUUGUUGUCUUCACAAGAACCGGUUUCAUGGCUAUUCUGCUGAGCCACUAUCGACCCUCUGGCACCAUUUAUGCCUUUACAAAUGAGAAGAGAAUACAACAGAGACUGGCUUUAUAUCAGGGUGUAUGUCCGAUAUACAUGGAAUUCUCGGAUGAUGCUGAAGAGACCUUUGGAAACGCGUUGGAUUUACUGCAGAAACAAGGAAUGGUUAAGGCAGGAGAAGAGGUGGCUCUAUGA